UUCUUUCUCCGGAUUUAAACAAAGGAUCUAUAGUUAUUGGGAAUUUAAGCCACCAGUGCAGAUAUGCCAUUUGAGGAUUUGGUUCAUGUUGAUGACUGCUGUUUCCCGCCUUUUCCGCCUCUAGCAAAAGAUGCUAGGAAACACUUGGAGGCUCUACGAGACAUGAAAACACGCGAAGAUGAUGUAGUUAUGAUAACGUUUCCCAAGUGUGGAACACACUGGGUAUGGGAGAUUAUCGUCAUGCUUCUCCAAGGAAAAGCAGAGUAUCACCCUCUCACCAGAGAACACGUCUUCCUUGAUUUGAUAAGUGACCUGUCUGCUUUGGACAAGCUGCCCUCCCCCAGGGUAUUUAAUUCUCACAUGCCGGUACGGUGGUUACCACAGGAGCACUUCCGGUCAGGACGAAAAGUUGUUAACGUCAUCAGAAAUCCCAAAGAUGUAGCAGUGUCGUGGUACUGCCAUUGGCAUUCGUCCAACGAACUUGGGUGUGGAUCUGUCUCUUGGCCCGAAUUUUUCGAAGAAGUAGUGGUAGGACAAUACAAGAAUGCAUUUGGUGGAUAUUUCAAUUUCCAAAAAGAACUGUACCGAGCUGUAAAGGCCAACAAAGAAUACUCACUCCACACACUCUAUUACGAAAAAUUGAAAAAAGAUCCUGUGUCGGAGAUUCUAAAAUUAGCUGGCUAUCUGGGAGUCGCUUGUUCUGGUGAAUUAGCAAGUAAUAUAGCUGACAAGUGCAGUUUUCGAAACCUAAAGGACGCCUCCGAUAACACGAAGGACCACGGGGAAAUAGCCAAAGCAAUGAAGGAAAUGGGCAGAGAACUCCCGAAGUUUUACCGCAAAGGAGAGGUCGGCGACUGGAAAAACUGGUACACGAUUUCACAAAAUGACCGACACGACGCCAUGAUUAAACAAGGAAUGGAGGAUAUUGACUUUGAUCUACAACUUAUCUACGAGAUUUAACAUCAUGCCUGUUUAUGUUUGACGUAACAUUCUUUGAUGAUUUAAAGAACACAUGUAUAUCAACUUAGUAUCAUAAUACUGCUACAAUUCACAGAAGCAAAAGACACUGUUCUGUGUGUGUGUGUGUGUUUCACAGGAGUUCGCGUACCUAUAUAUAAAUUUUAUCGAAAUUUUCAAUAAAUACGAAAGAAAAACGUUAUUAUUAUAGGUACUACAUGUGUACGUAUUUUUUUAUUUACUAGAAAUUUCAGUAAAAUUGAUAGGCAAGCGAACUCCUGUGGGUUUUUUUACUGUGAGAUA